UUCCGGGUAAACGGAAGACAGCAGAACAGGAGGAGAAGGAGAAAGAAGUGUGCAGGACGCUAAUAAGUCAGUUUUAUUUGUUAUCCAGUUUGAAAUAUACAUCUGUGAUUCAUUAUUUAAGGAUAAAGUGGUCUGGAUGCGCUAGAAGCACUGUGCCGCUUCUCGUGCUAUCUUUGCUUGUUAGUUAGCUUAGCUCGCUAGUUAGCUUAGCUUGUUAGCUGCUAACAGAAGACACAGAAGUUAUCAACACAUCGCUAAGUAGAGAUCAAGUGUGAGAGUAAAGUGUUGUGAUUGUGUGAAAAUGUGUGAAAGAAGGAUAGCAAAGUAUGAGCAGGAACUUUGUCCAACAAAAGAGGAGAAGGAGCGACAACAUCAACUACUGGACGCUGUUUUCAAGAAACAUCAAGUUGUGUUACACAGAACAGAUGUCUGUGAAGAACAAGUUCUGCCUGAAAAACAGGAGUGUGGCUUCAGGAUGGUGAAGGAGGAUCCAUCGAAGAGGAAGACCAGGCACCACGGACCCUCUGGCGUCUCCUUUUCCUCUUUGACACAGACCCUUCCCAGUAAAAUGGAAGAGGAAGACUCACUGAUGCCCCACAUUAAAGAGGAAGAGGAGGAACACAGCAUCACUCCAGAGGGAGAUCAUCUUGAAGGACUGGAGGAGUUCCCAGUGACUGGUGUCCCUGUGAAGAGUGAAGAUGAUGAGGUGAAAGGUGAAAGUGAGGAGAGGGGAGGGGGGGAGCCUCCAAGCAGCAGCUCAACACAACACAUGACAACAGAAGCUGAUGGAGACCACUGUGGAGGAUCACAAGCAGACAAGCUCUUAGCUCCACUAUCAGAUAGUGAGGACACAACGUCACACUCUCCUGACACUGAUGAUGAAGACUCUAAAGAUGAUAAGACAUGUCACACUGACAACACUCACUUCACAUCUUCUCUCUGUCACAAAACUUUUAAAUACCAUUGUCGUCUGAAAAGACACAUGAAAACACACACUGGAGAAAAACCUUUUUCUUGUUCAAUCUGUAGUAAAGGUUUUGUUGAAAAGCAGAGUUUGAAAAAACACACAAUAUUACACACUGGUGAAAACCCUUUUAUCUGUUCAAUCCGUGGUAAAGGUUUUGUCGAAACUCACAAAUUGAAAGAACACAUGAGAACACACACCGGUGAAAAACCUUUUUCUUGUUCAAUCUGUGGCUUAUCUUUUUCAAGGAAGCAACAUUUGAAAGUACACAUGAGAACGCACACUGGCAAAAAACAUUUUUCCUGUUCAGUCUGUGGUAAGGGUUUUACAAAUGGUCACAAUUUGAAAGUACACAUGACAACGCACACUGGAGAAAAAUCUUUUAUCUGUUCAAUCUGUAGUAGAGGUUUUGUUCUAAGUAAAUAUUUGAAAGUACACAUGAGAAUGCACACUGGAGAAAAACCUUUUUCUUGUUCAAUCUGUAGCUUAUCUUUUUCAAGGAAGGAACAUUUGAAAGUACACAUGAGAAUACACACUGGCAAAAAACCUUUUUCCUGUUCAACCUGUGGUAAAGGUUUUACACAAAGUCAGAGUUUGAAAAUACACAAGAGAACACACAUUGGAGAAAAACCUUUUUCUUGUUCAACCUGUGGUAAAGGUUUUACACAAAGUCAGAGUUUGAAAAUACACAAGAGAACACACAUUGGAGAAAAACCUUUUUCUUGUUCAAUCUGCGGUAAAGGUUUUACACAAAGUCAGAGUUUGAAAGAACACAUGAAAAUACACAGUGUAGAAAAACCUUUUUCUUGUUCAAUUUGUUGUAAAGAUUUUUUAAAUCGACAGUCUGUAAAAGUACACAUGAGAACACACACUGGCGAAAAACCUUUUUCCUGUUCAACCUGUGGUAAAGGUUUUACACAAAGUCAGUGUUUGAAAAGACACACUAGAACACACACUGGUGAAAAAUGACAUUCCUGUUGAAUCUGCAACAGAAGCUUUUGUGACCGAUCAAAGCUUGUAGCACACAUGAGAAGACACCCAGGAGAGAAAGUGUUGAGUUGCAGUGUGUGUGGUGAAAGAUUGUCUUCUAAGUAGCAGUGUAAGAAACACAAGUGUGCUGGUGAGAACAGCAGCAGCAAAUGAAACUGCAGGAUUUGAAAUAAACUGUCCAGACUUUCAUUUUGACUUUCUAACAACAUCAGCACAUAUAACAUGUGUGACAUUGUUGUUUGUCUAACAAUCUGUUUAAUAUGCUUCUACAUUUAUAGAUUUGAUAAUAUGAAAUAUUGAAGUGUGACAUAUUUGUAUUUGUAAUUGUUGAUAACCCCAUAGAUUAUCACCUUUAUAUGAUAUACAUAUGUACUGGUUCACAUCUGAAACAUCUUCUGGACCACUUCAGGAAGCAUAUUAUUAUUUACUUUAUACAUCAUCUGAACAGUUGUCUUUUAUACAGUUUUAAAAUGUGUGACUUUAUGAAUCAUUUGUUGGGUCUCUAUAAUCCAGUUUAUUAAUGAUCUUUAUUACUGUCUUUUGUAAUAUGAUGAUUGUGUUGUGAUUGUUUUAUAUGUAUGUCCCCAGACCUUUAUGCAAUAUAAAAGUGAGAGAAAAUGGCUGAAUUGUUUGUGCAAGGAUGGUUUUGUUUUUACAAACUUACAUUUGUGGAUAAAACAAAAACUCCUAUUAUUGUGUUUGAAACAUUUUUAUGGUUGUUUUUCUUUUUAACAUCCCCAAAACAAUAUCAAUAUCAAUCAAAGUUUGUCGUUUUGGCAAAAGCCAAUAUUAUACAUAGAUUUACUUUGCAUACAUUCCCUAUCACAGAACGAACAAGUGUUGUCUUCAAUUGCAAUUCAAUAUCCUAAAAAUUAU